GUUUUUUUUAAUCCCCACAGAUGCUCUUUACGCUUCCCACUUUUUCCAGGUCUUAAUCCGCGUUCACCUGCCUUACAAUUCUUCCCUCCUUCAACAUUCAACCUUGACUCAUCCCGAAUCUCAAUUCCCGGGCAAUAGUCAAUUGAGAUCAAAGCGCGACAAGGACAUCCAAGGAUUGAUAAGAUCGGGUGCUACUCAUUUUUAAGGACUCAAUUGUCUGCCAGAAUUUUAAGAUCAAAAUUCUACCUGGGCAAACAAGAUGAGUUCCAUCCUGUCAGCCCCUUCAACCCCUUCGCCUCCUUCGCGAGUGCAUACACCCACCACUCCGCGAUUCGGUUAUGGUGAUUCUUGGGAGCCUUAUUCUCCCAGAAAAUCUUCGCGUAUCGCGCAACGCCUAUCUCAACGCACACCUUCGCCUCGUGCAUCUUCCCGCAACCGCAAUUCGACACGAAUUUCCUCUUCAUCUUCGGACAUCGUCACGCCAGCAGUGUCUCCACAGAAGAGACGUCAACCAGCGAUGGAUUCAGUUCGACGCGCAUCUAACAGCUUGAUCGCCGACGGCGCAGCCCACGCUGCCGAUUCUCUUGGAAUUGAUUUAUCGCACCAGAAGCCGAAAUCAAUGAGCAGCAGCACAACCAGCGGCGCCGCGAUGCUUCCUACCCCGGCAAAGACUCCCGCGAAGCAGCCGAAUGAGAAGUCAAAAGCCAACGUCCGCGCGAUCGCGCGAAACUUAUUCUCUGAACCUGAGGUUAUGUCUUCUCCCAAGAAGAGAAAGGCAAAGAAGUACACCGGCCUUACCCUAGACAGCUUUACUGCUGAAAACAUUGAGGAGCCUAUUGAGAUCUUCACCGACACGCGCGACCGCAUUCCUGAGGCAGACAAGACUUCGCAGAAUCCUUUCUAUGAGCAAGCCGUACCCAGUACGGAUCACGACCAGUCGACCAGACAGACUCGCAGCAAGCAGGUGUAUGUGCAAGGCGAGGGUAAGAUCUCGAUCGAAGAGGCGCUCCGACGCGAGGACGGAAUUGUUUACGUAUUCCGAGGAAAGAGAAUUUUCCGCAAGUUCUCUCAGGGCGAGGACGGACGCGUUGACGAGCACAUCGAUGGUACCCCGAUUCAUGCUAACACCCGUUCGUCUCUCAAGCCGCGCCUCUUAUUCCCGUCGAAGAACAAGGAAGCAACCAAGGCGUCUACCGAUGAUGAAGAGGCUGUUACGGACAUCGAAGAUCACGUGCUCCAUGGUGCUCAAGACGACUCUGCUGAGGUUCCCGGAACCCCUACGGCGAUGGUAGUAGAGAAGGCAGUGACUCCCGUGGCACCGAAGUUCACCACGCCUGCAUCCCCUCCUUCGACGGUCCGAGCUACACGUGCUAGCACUAGAAUGCAGACUGUGGGAUCGUCGACGAAGCAAACGAAGCCGCGCAACCCCUUCGACGGUUGGCGUCGAUCUAAGAGUCGAGCCAGCACACAAGGCCAGAAACGAGAGGGUGAGCCCCUAGCCGGACAGGACGAGGCCUCUAAGCGUCAGCGUGUCUAGUCAGCAGGCCAGGAGACGCUUUGAGGACACAAUUCUAACAUCAGGAAGUUGUAAUGGAGUGAGGACUUGAGUUUUAGCCUGCCUCGAGUUCGUCACUUUCCCUUUGUGGAUUUUUAUUGAGGCAGGAAUUGCAGCAGGCCAUGGAAUCACAGCAGACUACGGGUCAUUCGGAUGAAAAACAUGGUUCCACCAAAAGGUAUUUGGCGUUGUCAACGAAGGGCAAGGUCCUUCAUCGACAUAAGCCAAAAUGUGAUGGGUAGUUACCUGGUCGGACUGGAUGUCCCUCACUGGGUUAAUCCAUAGUUGCAGGGACUUUAGCUUAGCACCCUUAGUCUAGCAUGCCGCAAAACGAAUUGAUUUUUAUAAAAUAUGAAAAUAUA